CGCCCGGCGCACUCCCUACUACGACGCUCCCGACGCCCUUGUAUAUCCCUGCAAAUCCGCCCGCCUUGACGAAUCCCUGUGCCGACUGCAGCCGGGUUUUGACGGUGUCGAUCGGGAAGAAGAGCAGGUCGACAGCCGUGCCAGCUGCGCCUCCCGCCUGUCGUCACAUUUGGUUCGCAGAUUUUUAAAACAGAAAAACACGCGCGCGCACUAUCAAAGACUGUCCAAAGGACGGCCUGCGUUCUGCCGCCAUGGGACAAAGUCGGGGAAUGAGUUUGGGAGGAAAAAUACGCGUUUGGAUCAAAACGCGACGUGUUUCUGCGCGAAACCUGCUCUUUUCCGAUCGGACUUUGGAGUAAAAACAAUACUCAGUGUCUCCCAUCGCCAUGAGUCUGGCAUCUUUUCUUCUGGGAGCUGGCAAGAAACAGCCCAUAGACAAGGAGCUAGACGGCUUGCUCAAAUCACAGGUGCGUGAGGACGACCGGCCAUCUUCUACCACACGCGUCGCAUCGAACGAGAACGAGAACGAAAAGAAACGCAAAUCAAAAAAGCAUGACGAGGAGCGCAAGAAGAAACGAACCAAAUCGUCCGAUGCGGGGGUGAACGAAGAGACUGUAGUGCAUGACAAGAAGGUCCAAAAAGCUGAGGACGGGCCGUCUUCCGCUGCACACGUCGCAUCGAAAGAGAACAAAAAGAAACGCAAGUCGAAAAAGGAUGACGAAGAGAACAAGAGAAAACGAUCCAAGUCGUCUGAUACAGAGGUGAAUGAAAAGGAGACCGUAGCACGCGACAAGAAAGCCCGAAAAGUUAGUCGGAAGGCGGUCGAGGCAGAUCUGGAUUCAGACGUCGAAGCGGACAAGGCAGAGAGUUCAAAAGUUUCAAUGGGCGGUGGACUGGUUACGGACGGAGAGGACAGUGAUGGCCCAUCGCAUUUGGUUCACGAAACCCUUCACAGAGACGGCUCCUCACCGCAAAAAGGCGAGGGGAAGAAAAAGUAUGUGCCAGCUGACGAGACUCAGGAGCAAAGGGAUGCUCGCACUAUAUUCAUCGGGAACGUACCUCCCGAGGUCGCACAAAAACGCCCCUUGCAGAAACGACUACGACAACACGUCUUAGCGUCCGUUCCAACCGCAAAAAUCGAGUCUAUGCGUUUUCGUUCUAUCCCUUUCCAAAUCCCCACGUCAAAUCUUUCCCUCAGCCAGGAUGCCUCGGGCGAUAAGAAGAAGGCGAAGGCUCGUCAGCACGAUCGUGAUCGCGCUGCAUCGUGGCGUGAAGCAAAUCCUAACGAUGACGACACGUCAAAGACAGACGCAAAGAAAUUCCUCACUCCCAGUCAAAAGAAGAAAAUCGCGUUUAUCAACGACCAUAUCCAUUCCAGCGCAGACUCAGUCCAUGCAUAUGUCGUUUUCGCGUAUCCUAAGCCUGCAGAAUUACGGCCCGCAAAUUUACCUCCUCUCUCACCUGUCAUGGACCCGUUCGAAGCUGCCCGCCUUGCCGUGGAGAAAUGCGACGGAACGAUAUUCAUGGAUCGGAUGCUCAAGGUGGAUUCAGCCGGUCACUCUGACUCGUCGCCGAAUGCUGCUACUGCAACUACCAAGCUGGCUAUUGGAGAUCCCAAACUCACUGUCUUCGUCGGGAACCUUGAUUUUGCUAGCAAAGAAGACGAUUUGCGCAUUUUCUUUGAAACACUCAUUCACGCAGAACGAGGACCGCCACCACAAGAUUUGGGUUCGGACGGCACAAAGCACGGCACCUGGGUGACACGUGUCCGCAUGAUACGUGAUAAGGAUACUCAACUAGGUAAAGGUUUCGCAUACGUUCAGUUUGUGGAUCGUUCUUGCGUAGACGAAAUUCUAGCACUUGAACCCGACAGGCUCAAAUUCGCAAAGCGGAAGCUCCGCGUUCACCGAUGCAAAACGAUACCCAGCUCCGUUACACCGGCCGCAUCGUCACAGUCGUCGAAACCUCCGCAGAUACAUGCCAGCUCUUCAAUAUCAAAUGCCGUUCCGAAAGGUGACCCCUCGCUCGGCGAAAAGCUGGCGCACUUGUCCAAGGAGGAGCGUAAACAGGUCAAAGCGGCAGAUGCUGAUCGACGAGAACGGCGAUUGGCAAAGAAGAAAGCGCGUAUGGCGUUGGAUAAGCAAGGGGUGCAUCACCAGAGCAAGGGUAGGGAAAGGGUGCGCAAGUCGGUCGCAGCGCGGAAGUCGGGUGCUGCACCCGCGCGGAAGAAGGGGAGGGUCCGCAGUGAGAAGAGUUUGAGCAAAAGGAACGCGAAGAAGUAGCGACGUUGAUGGCAGUGUACAUGUUUGCGCUACGUCUAUGAGUCUAUUACGCGUAGGCAGUAGCCUGUUUGUGUCAGCCACAACUCACCCCUAAUUGAAGGCUUGGAGCGGAUAAUCAUUGAAUUCGAUGUUGCUCAGAACUUCUUUUGGA